AGAGCUAGUCAAUACUUGCCCAAGUAGCUUGCUAACGUCUUGGAAACAUUUCGUCUGCUACGUCAGUGCGAAACUUAAGAAACUGUCUGUCUGUUACGUUUUUACAGCUAAACUAUUGAACUGAUUUGAUAAAAUUUCGUAGUUAUGUGGAAAUCAAACCCUGAUCAUGAUUUAUUCUUCUAUAGAUUUUAUCUUAAUGCAGUUAACUAAUUCGUCAAUAUGGUAUUUGCCACAAAUACAAAAUAUUUUUGUUCCAGAUGUUUACAUCAAAGUUUACCAUAAAAUAAAUGUUGUUGAGACAAAAUGCCUGAUAAAAUGGGUUAUAUUUAGGUUAGUACUUUUGUUAUGUAUUAUAUAUAGAUCGUCAACGACAAACACUUACAUAUCUUGAGUAAAUUCAAUUGUAUCACUUGGCAAAAAAUACAUGUAUUAUUAGUGCUAGUGUCUUAUAGGACUACAUAAAAACUGUCCAAUAAGUUCAACAUGGAUUUUGACAUGGGCAUACAAAAUUCAUCAUAUCCUUUGGAGGAUACAGAUUUUACGAGGAAAUCAUAGGGUAAUCUAGUCAAUAUAUUAUUUCUUGUCACAUAACCGCGCACUGCUUUACCUCAUUCAAAUGUCCAAUCGAAACUUUACGACGGACAGUACAUAAAACCCACGUGCCCCUAAUAUAAACGCCAUAGGCACCAAAUACAGACGUUUUACUAAACAACUAUCUCCUACUUGCCGAAAUAUUAUCAUUAUUUGAAUAGUAAUAAGGUAUAUAAUUGCAGGAGAUGAAAAUCUACUCGUACAUAUGAGGGGGCAUACUCGUAGUUCAUGAAGACCAUUCGGCGACGCAUCCAUCCGGCGUGCAAUUUAAACUCGUGUUAGGGCUGUGACGAGACUUCAUAAUUGGGAGAGUUUAAUCACUCGGACCCCCGUUACAGAUCAACCGCUGCCUGUCGCAUUACGAUCUAAAUACGGCGCAAAGGCACAUUAAGCUGUGAAAAUCAAGAUGGCCGCGAUUACGCGCCAAAUCCCGCGUAAGCGUCAGAUGGCGCUUCCGCGUCCGUUCCGUUCGAAAUAGUCAUUAGUGUUUUGACAGUGGUGGUGUAGUGUCGUGAUGCUCGUGAUGUGAUAUAGUGUUGUGUGGUAGAAUGUCUGAGGAACGGUCGCGGCGGCUGUCGCAGCUGUUCGACCCACUGGCGCGGUUCACCGACCACAGCGGCGCAGGGCAGUCGGCGAGCACGCCGAACAGCCCGAGGUUAAUGCCGCGGAGGUCGAGGGAUCCGCCGCUGCCGCCGCCUAGACCCGUGGGUCAGUCCCGUGUGGACCCGCUCGAUUUCGAGCUGGACACAGAGCUGGGAUCCGUGAACUGGCAGGAGCGAUGUCUGGAACUGCAGCUGGAGCUCCACCGGAGCCGGCACCAGGCCACCAGAGUGCACCACAUGCUGAGCGAAAAGGUACCUACCGACAUGGAUAUAUGGAGUAUAGCAGUUUUGCUCUCGGAGCUCGAGCAGAGGGUGCUCGAGGCCGAGGGGAGGGCCGAGGAAGCAGAGGACAAGGUCCGCGCCAUGGAGCAGCGGCUUUGCGAGUGGCCGGCGGGCGCUGACGGAGCGCCCAAAGCCAUCACUCGACUCGAAGGACAGAUCGAGGAACAGAAGCAGCUGCGGCUCCAAGACGCGAAGCAGGUAGAGGCGAAGGCGGCGCGCAUCAAGGAGUGGGUCACCAACAAACUCAAGGAGCUGGAGCAGCAGAACCAGCUGCUCCGAGAGCAGAACCACCGCUGCAACCAACAGCUGGAGCUGCUUAGGAACCAUAUUGCCACGCAGGGUAGCCGUGCGUUCCUCCCCACUCGAGCGAGUCUGUCCCUCGAGGUCAGGACUGAGGAAGGCUCGCCCCGAGCCACAUCCAGCCUGAUAGCCGCCAAUAGGCGGAGAUCAGAGAGCCUCGAGGGGCCACAGCUACCACUAACCUCGUCGGAGCCUCACUACAGCACCCCCGUGCGGCAUCGACGCAACCAAUCCAUCGGCACGCCUCACGCUAGCGCCACGCCACCGCCGGUCGUCAACACCAUGAACCGGACUUUAGACGAACGGACGGCAGCCAGCCUACUAGCCGAUGAUCUGGCAGCGGCUGUAGAGAAUCUCGUGGUGCUGCCAACAACGCCAAACACAUCAACGGAUGGUGAUACUACACAUGAUUAUGCAGAAAUCUAUACACCAAGUAGAGAGCGAACACCAGCGUGGCAGGGCCCAGCAGUAGUGGUUCAGGGUAGCCGCGGCGGCAGUUCAACCGGCGAUUCGUGUGCGUCAGACCAGCCGCGCCCGCCCACGCCGCCGCUACAUCGCUUCCCAAGUUGGGAAGCUAAGAUUUACCAGGUGGCUGACGAUGGCUUACAACAAUCUGUAGAAGAAGAACUGAGUCCACCACCUUGUCCAAGACCAGUCCACGAGUCAACGAGUUACCAAAACAUAUCCGUCCCUGUCUACGCCACUGUCAAAGGGCGAGCGUCACAGAUCCGAUCGAUGCCAUUCACGGGUGACUCGUCAGAUGAUUCGUCUGACGGUGAAGAUUCUAUGGGAGUCACAGUUCACAACACACCGCAUCAUAUAUUCGCUCAAACCUCAAGCCAACCAAUCAACAACGUGAACCUCACCAACGUUCUCCCAGCCUCGAUACAACAGACGUCCAACCACGGCCUAGUGCUAACCAACAGUGCGAACGGCCAGUGCAGUUCAUCGGACACCAGUCUCAGUGCGAGCAGUCCGUCGAAGAGCGUGAAGACUAGUUCUAGUCUGAGCCCGGCUAAACGGUCGAGUAGUGGGUCGCCGAGCAAGCAGAGUAAAACUAGAGACACGUCGUUCGAGUCGGGCAUGUCGGACGACUACGCGAUCCCGCCGGACGCGGUGUCGUGCGACACGUCGGGCUCGCUGGCCUCGCUGGGCCGCGCCGCGCCGCCGCCCGCGCCGCGCGUCGACGCGCUCGAGAAGAGCGGCCAUCUGGCCAAGCUGGGCGGCAAGCUCAAGACGUGGCGGAAACGAUGGUUCGUUUUGAAAAACGGUACCCUCUCAUACUGGAAGUCGCAAUCAGAAACGGCCCGCAAGCCGCAAGGCCAGAUCGGCCUCGGCGAGGCCUGCAAGAUCUCGCGCAACGAGGGCGCCGCCACCUUCGAGAUCUACACCGGCAGUCGCACCUACUACCUCACGGCUGACAGCAUCGCUACUAUGGAGGAUUGGAUCAGAGUUUUACAGAACGUUCAAAGGCGAAACGCGACGAAACUCCUACUGAGCAAAGAAGAUAACAAGCCAACUAUUCAGGGCUGGCUGACGAAAGUUAAGAACGGCCACGCUAAGAAGAGUUGGUGCGUUCUCAUCGGCAAGAUGUUCUUGUACUUCAAGUCGCCUGGGGACCAGAACCCAACGGGCCAGAUAAACAUGCGCGACGCCCGUGUAGAAGACGUGGAGCACGUAUCAGACUCCGACUCCGAAGAGAAGAACGAUGACACGAGGAACCAUCUGACGGUUGCGAUAUACCCGCAGCACCAGGGACCAACAUACCUCCUGUUCGAAACCAAAGCCGACAAGGACUCGUGGCUGUAUCAACUCACGGUGGUGUCGGGCGCCGGGCUGGGGCAGGGCACGCACUUCGAGCAGCUGGUACAGAAGCUUAUGGAGACCGACGGGGACCCUAAUUGCGUGCUAUGGAGGCAUCCGACGUUACUGUACAGUAAAGAACAUAUUACGUCGCCACUCACCUCGUUAACGUCCGAAGCAUUACAAGCUGAAGCGCUAAAACUGUUUAAGUGCAUUUCACUGUUCAUGUCGGUGUGCGUGGAGCACUGCGGCAUCGACUACCACGUGGUGCUGGCGCAGAACGCGCUGCAGCAGUGCCUGGAGGUGGGCGAGCUGCAGGACGAGCUGGUGUCGGCGCUGGCGCGGCAGACGGCGCCGCACACGCACAGCAAGCACGGCGUGCAGGUAACGCCGGCGCCCGGGCCCUCGCCGGCGAGCGCGCGCCGCCAUCAGAAGCUUAACGUUAAAGCGCAGAAGCUUAAGAAUCAACUGCUACUAUGCGCGACGCAAUCGCUGUUCACGUGCGACACCGGCGCCGCGUCCGUCGGCGGCGACAACAAGAGCGACUCCGCGCCCAGCGGCGGCUCGCCCAGCUCCAUACAGGCGCCUCUACUCUCCGUGGAUUGCAAGAGCAACCCACCGACAUACAGCUUCGUGCAAGGGUGGCAGUUAUUAGCGCUGGCUGUGAGCUUGUUCGUGCCGCGGAACAACAGGCUAUUGUGGUAUCUGAAAUUACACCUCAGCAGGCAUUCUGACUCCAAAACGGAAUGCGGCAAAUACGCAGCCUACUGCUCCCGAGCUCUCGAGCGAACCAUUCGCAACGGCGGCCGCGAAGACAAACCCUCACGGAUGGAGGUGCUCUCCAUCCUGCUCAAAAACCCCUACCACCACUGCUUGCCGCACGCCAUCCCCGUGCACAUGCUCAACAACACUUACCAGGUAAUAAGUUUCGACGGGUCGACGACGGUAGAAGAAUUCCUGGCGACGCUAAGCACGGAGCUAGGCUGCCGCGAGGCCACCGCUUCGGGCUUCGCGCUAUUUAGCGACGACCCCAUAGAGAAGGAUCUAGAACAUCAUAUCAAACCUGAUAAGAAGUUAUGCGACGUAAUAUCAAAAUGGGAGACAGCGCUCCGAGAGAAAGGUUCAGGAAAGUUCGAGAACUCUCGAGUGAUCCGACUGACGUACAGGAACAGGCUGUAUUUCAAGAGCUCCGUGCGGACCGAGACGGAUAAGGAGCGGCUGUUACUGUGCUAUCAAGUCAACCAACAAGUGGUAGCAGGCCGGUUCCCGGUGACGAGAGAGCUGGCAGCGGAGCUCGGCGCCCUGAUGGCGCAGCUGGACAUGGGCGACUACUGCGCGUCCAGCAGUGCGCACAACCAGCCGCUGGCGCACCGCUUCUACCCCUACCGCUACCGCGCCGCGCUCAGCAACGACGAGCUCAGAGAAGUGGAGGACAAGCUACGUAGCAAGUGGACGGCGCUGAAGGGCCGCAGUACGGCGGACUGCGUGCGGAUCUACCUCAACUGCACACGCAAGUGGCCUUUCUUUGGAGCCACCCUCUUCCAGGCGAGGAUAAAGCAGCCAGACCUGUCGAUGGCGUGGCUAGCCGUGUCCGAGGACGGCGUGACCGUGCUGGAGCUGGCGUCCAUGGCCGUCAUCGGCCGCUACGCGCUCAGCUCCAUCGGGCUGUUCGGCGGCCUACAGGAUGAUUUGAUGAUGCUCAUCGACGCGGACGCAGACGACGCGACCAGUCCCGUGCACAAGAUGUUGAUCAGUCUCAACAAACCUAAGAUGGUGGAGCUGACGCACCUGAUAGCGGACUACAAGAACGCGCUGUCCCGGGCGCCGGCCACGCAGCCCGGCACGCCGCAGAUGAACUCCCUGACGCGGCCGCACGAGCGCCUGCGCCGCGCCCACCCCGCCUCCCACUCCUCGCCCUCCACGCUGCCGCACGCGCACCCGCACUCCCACUCCCACCCCCACUCGCACCACACGCACCACAACACCAUCAACUCGCACGCCACCACCCUGACGCUGGGCUCGGAGCGCAACGCCACGCUGACGCUGAGCUCGCACGCGUCGUCGGGCCGGCCCGAGGCGCGCGCCUCGCACGGCCAGCCCGACAUCCUCAAGUCCACGCCCGACCACCACCGCGACAAGAAGCGCGCCCAGGCCCACGACGGCGGCGUCGCGUGAUCCCGACUCUAACUCUCGCUCCCACCCGGUGCAUACUUAGACGUUUAUACGACUCGGAAGUGAAGUGUUCCAAGGAUAGUAAAUAUACCUCAUAUUUUGUAGCGAAUUCGGCCCGAUUUACAUUAUUAGCUUUACGCGUAAGUUAAUUUUAAUUUUUUGCGGUCGCUAUUUAGCUCUGCGUUUUGCAUAGAGUUACUUUAAUUUUUAAGCUUAGUUUUAUAAUAUAACUGUAAUAACUUUGUGUUCAAAAAACUGUGCCGAAUAAAAUGAACGAAGCGGCUCGACUUACAUUCCGAUUCAUUAACAAAAUAUAUACGAAACUAUCUGUAUAAUUUACCAUCUUUCCAAAUGUACGUAGGUGGAAGUAAAAAACGUAAGGUAUUAGUUUGUCGAAAAACAAUCGUAAAGUUGUACGAUAAACUAAUACGCCAUGUGCCUAAACUAAAUUUCAUUUCUCCUCUAUCUACUUAGUGGUACUAAUGUAACUUUACCACAAAAUAUCUUCCAAAAUACCAUCUUUCCUCUACUUUAAGGUAACUCUAUACAAAUACUUUUUAAAUUAAUAUUCCAAGUCCAUUGGUCGGUUGCUUACAGACCUAGCGUAGUACUGUGCAGGGUAUACCAAAGCUGUAGGAAGCGAUUUAGUGAUAGUGUACUUAGCCAAAUGUUUCCUUGCGGUUUUUAGGCGUUAUUGCAAGAAAUCACACUUUUCAUUGUAUAGUAUUUUUUAAGUUUUGCUGAUUUUCUGAGAUAAAUAAUUACAAUUAAAAAAACAGAAAACUCACAAUUAAGUGUUAUAAUUUCUGAAUAGGUACAUUAAAUAACCUAACCUAAUCGGGACCUAAUUUAUAAUUAUUUAUUUGCAAUAAUUAUUAGUGUCAAUAAUCAAGCCAUCACAAACUGUACUUUAGCCAUCGGUGUUAGGGUUUUAAUUGCAAGUUUACUACGCGUUAGGAGCUAAUGUUUCGACUGAUAUUGUUUCUUAAGUAAGAUCUUCAACGAAUCUUUGACCUCGUAAGGUUAAGUGGGACUGAUUGUUAAUUAAUCUCUUAAACGUUAACAUGAUGUGUUUGAACUUAUAAAAAUACAAAUAACAUAAAACACAUCAUGCAAGCGCCUCUGGUAGCUAAAUUAAUAUCAGAGUGUCGAGGUUUGUUUGUUGUGAUAAAUUGAUUAGAAUACUCUCAGAAUCUCGUGCGAAUAUUUUAUAUUUUUAAUUUUAUCCUUUAUAAUCACUUUAAAGAAGAGACUUGCUUGGAUGUAGUAAGGUUUUGCGGAUAUCUAGUAAGGCUCUGAGCGUGCAGCAAUUGUUUCUAUCAAAAAUAUAACUAUUUCACUAUUAUUAUAUUCUCUCAGUAUAUCUGUGAUUUUAGAUUUUUUAUUUAAAAAUAUAAAUGGAAUUAAUGUUCAACUGGCAAACGGUCGAUGAAACAAUCAUUCUGUAUCUCGAUUUAAAAUCACAUACAUAUACAUAAAUACAUUUAUAUUCAUAUUUCUAAUUUUCUUGCAAAUAAAUCAUUACAGUAUUAUUUUAUUUUAUUAUGAUAUAAUAAUUAUUAUUGUCGACACUAAUUUUAUUAAUCAAUAUUAUCAAUAAUGUACUACGUAUAUUACACAGCGCAAUUCAUGGGCAUUUUAUAACUGUAAAUACAUUUAUAUAUACUUUGGCCUUUGUCAUAGUUUCAAAGACAAUUCUAGUCUUGUAUCCCACUCUUAAUUACAAGAUAGACUGGGAUGGGAUACCAGUCUAAGGUUAGGUUUCUGUAUAUUUUAACGAUAAAACUGUUUUCAUACAGGCGGUAAAAUACAAGUAAAUUAUAGAUAUACGAGUUUUUGUAGAGGACGCCGAGGACGGAAUAUGAUUAAUUUUAUAUUUGAACUGAUUGUAGUAGAAAAGAUUUUUACCACAAUUUGGUACUUUGUUACCAGCUUAUAUAUUUUGCGACGUAUCGUAUAAUUACAGUAUAAAAAGAGAUUAUUUCUAUAGAUAAUUAGCUGAAAACGUACAUAUUUUGCUUUCUACUAUUUAUACCUACCUAACUUAUUUAAUAUCCUUUGAUAUACUAAAAUGAAUAGUAUGUUUAGCAAUUCUCUCACAUAUUAUUCUAAUUUCCGGAGUAAUGUCACUUGGAGUCGAAAGUUAUUUGUUAUUUUGAUCGUUAAAAUUGUGAGAUAAUUGCGAAACGUGAAACUAACUGACGGGCUAAAAGAAAUAAAUAAUGGCAUCUAAAUAAUAUAGAGGUAGAUUUCUGACUGCCACUUGAACUGAUUCACUUGCUUAGGAACUGAUUUUGGAUCUAAUUCUUUACUCAUGAAUGAAAAUCUUAAAAAUGCUAUUCUUACAAUGCACUGAAAGGUAUACUGUACCACGAUUGUAUAAAGUUCAUUUUUGAAUAACAACGACUGACGUGCAGUUUCAUUGGUGAGUAUUGAGAUCGAGCGAUUGCUGUGUAUAAUGUGCGACCAACUGUUAGACUUAAUUGCGAUAAGAGGAAGGUUGAAUUUCAGAUAGCACUAUUGAAACUAGAGUGAAGUGCUAUACAAGUUCUGUCGUUAAAGAAUUUACUAUAAAAUGUAGCGUCGUGAUAGAUAGCUGCAUAGCCUAUACCUGGCGAGUGGCGCUAAGCAUAUCUGCAGUAACCUGUUGCAAAUGUAAGGUCAUUCAAUAGUGUACCUUAUUUGAUUAGAACAAGGUAUGCAAUUGAAUGAUUUUACAAAAUUACUUGCCUACCGCAGGUAUCUGUCGCUGGCCUGUCGCAGGUUGCCUCACUAAUGUGGUCAAAGGCUUGGCCUUUACGAUAAUCUAGACGCAAUAUAUAUGUGUCGUUUCCUGUAAAAAGGUCCUGAGGGCGAAUGGUGCUUGUAUCGCGAAGCGUCACAUUUGUACUCGAGCAUCCUCAACUGCCGAUAGGGUUCCUUUUCCCAUGGAACGACACAAAUGUCCUCGUAUAUAAAAUAGUUUCUAUUGCACUUUUUGCAUAAACACUAAACUUAACCGUUGGCAUAAAUGUGUAAAAACUAGUGUAUAUUUUGAUUAAGAACGACUUUUUUUUUUUUAUAUACAUCCUCAACUUGUAUUAUAGCAGUAAUUUAUUAAGUAUUUAUUGGUUUUGUUUUCUGCAUUUCGGUUGUUUGUUUUAAGUUAUUUAAUUGGUAUUAUUUGUUAAGGCCUAAUCAUGGCCUAAGAUUUAUGGAAUUAUGAUGAUUUUCUAAAAUUAUUUGACGAUGCGAUAAUAAACAUGUAUUAAUGAAAUAAAAA